AUCACUUGCAACGUUGUCGUCUAACUAUUUUGAUCAGGUGGAGCUGAAAUACAUCGAUCGAGCCUCGCAUUGGCCACAUGUUGAUCAACCUGAGACAGUCAACAAACACAUAAGUGAAUUUCUUCAACAAACUGAAUAAGUCUUCAGAAAAUGGAAAUAUUACUAGCCCUGUUUUUUUAUCCGGCGGUGUAUUUGCUUGUUUUGGUUUUUUCCAUUAUGUACAUUCUAAUGUUCAUAAAAGAAGCAUGGGCACGCUGUGGAACAUUCCUUCAUCCUAGAGAAAGGGACAAAGCACCAAGUUGUCUUCAUGAUGUAAACAUUGGCAGCCAUCAUACUUUAACGUUGGGACGUAGAGAGAACCUCAACAUUCAUUACGUAGCAAAUGGCUCAAGAGAAAAACCGUUGAUGUUAUUUCUUCAUGGUUUUCCAGAUUUUUGGUACGGAUGGAGAUAUCAGCUGAAAGAAUUUUCCAAGGAUUACUAUGCUGUAGCUAUUGACCUGACUGGAUGUGGGCAAUCCAGCAAGCCUGAUGCAGUCAAAAGGUAUCGGAUGCUCGAGAUAGCAAAAGAUGUGAAAGAAUGUAUAACAGAACUUGGUUAUUCGUCUUGUGUUUUGGUUGGACAUGAUUGGGGUGGUGGGAUUGCUUAUAACGUUGCUGGAGAAUUUCCAGACGUUGUCUCAGAGUUGAUCAUCUUAAACACACCUCAUCCAGGUGCAUUUUUGAGAGGAUUGUUUUCAAUGAAACAGUUGAUGAUGUCAAGUUACAUGUUCUUCUUCCAGUUGUGCUAUCUUCCUGAAUAUUUUCUAUCUUAUGGCGAUUUCGCAAUUUUUGAUUCCUCGUUAAACGGGAGAGUAUUUACGAAUUUGGAAAACUUCACCCGGGACGAUUUGGAAGCUUACAAAUACAACUUCCAAAAAAGUGGUUUCACAACGCCUUUGAAUUACUACCGCAUGGCAUUCGAAAAACCGACGAAAAAGAUGUUGACAAUGCGAAUAACAAUGCCGGCUAUUAUUAUUUGGGGGACUGGUGACCAAGUGUUAUCGCCAGCACUGGCGGCACCGUCAGCAAAAUAUUUUGAUCAGGUCGAUGUAAAGUAUAUUGAUGGAGUGGCACAUUGGCCGCACGUCGAUCAACCUGAGACUGUUAACCGAUACAUCAGAGAAUUUUUUGACAGUCUGUGAAUUUUUUGAAUGAGAAUUUUUUAAAUUGUAAUUUUUAUAAUAAAUAAUGAUGAAUAAUAUAUUAAUUAGUAUUUGUAGUAUUUUAUAUAAACGAAAACAAGAAGUGAUUAUGUACUAACAAAUUA